AUGUCUCUUACUAGGCCUCUACAUGACGCUGUUGAAAAUGAUUAUUUGGAAAUUGUCCGCCUGCUCCUUUCCUAUGGUGCCAACCCAACGUUGGCCACUUACUCAGGCAGAACCAUUAUGAAAAUGACCCACAGCAAAGUUAUGGAAAUGUUUCUAACAGAUUACUUAAAUGACCUACAGGGUUGUAGUGACACUAAGUUGAGUGGCUCUUGGGAGUUCUAUGGCAGCUCUGUCUGUGAACCAGAUAAUGAAGGGGGAUACAAUGUUUUGGGAAACCCCCCAAGACCAGAGGACCAGGAUGAUGACAAUGAGGCUUGCAGUGAUGUGUUCAAAUUUGAAUUUUCAGAUAGCCCCCUCUUACCAUGUUAUAACAUUCAAGUUUCGUCUUCACAGGGUUUGGUUGGUCUUCUCCAAAUGUCCAAUAACCAGAUGAGUCCAGAGUUACCCUCACUAGAAGUAAACCACGAAACUGGUUUUUGCUUUCACAUGUACUUAAGAAACUGAAAAUGUCAUCCUGCAUAUUUUGCUGCAGUUUUCCACAUCUGAAAAUUGUCCCAAUUGCUGAGGCUGAGUUUUACAGACAGGUUUCAACAAAUGUCUUGUUCUCUUCCUCCGAAGACUUGGAAGCCUUCAAUCCAGAAAGCAACAAACUACUAGAUUUAGUAGAAUUUACAAAUGAACUCCAGAUUCUCCUUGGCUCCUCUCUAGAAUGCUUAAAUCCCAGGUAUCUGACCUUGGAAAAGCACCACUGGUGAGAAGUCAAGUCUCACUGUACACCGUGUGUUGUAGUGUUCAUCCUUGUUUAUGUUUGUCAAAAUACCAUGAUUUCUGUAGAGACAUUAUUACAUAUGAAAAUACUUCAGCUUUAUAUAAGAUAAAUAACUCUAGCUAGAAGACUUAGAAAGAUAUCUUUUUAUUUUAAACUUACUUUUGUUAUGAAAUUGCUGAAAUGCUUCUUUACUUUUAAGUAUAUGGACACACCUUUCAAUAAAUUUAUUUUCAUUUGGAAC